GUAUUAUUAUUUUUUCCUGUCCCCGCUUGUGAUCACACAAGUAAUCGCACGAAAAACAUGAGAGCCAACCAACUUCCAAUCACCGGCUCAGCUCUCGCCACGUGCCAUAAUCUUCUAUUUACACGUCAUCAUCCGUCACUCCCUUUCUCUAAGUCCACCAUAUACACACACACUUUUUCUCACCUUCCCGGUUUCCUGUCUGUUUUCCUAAAAACCAGUAAUCCAAACCUCAGAACUUUCCCGGGAAAAUCCUUUUCUUUUUAAAGAAAAAGCUCGACAACCAUGGCGAUGCUCCUAAGAAAAGUGUGGGAGUCAGUGUCGCACCGAUCGAGUUCGUGCUCGAGUUCGAGUACUAACUCAGCGAAUCAAUCGAGUUAUACAGAGUCAACAGCUUCGCUAGGAGAUUUUGACCGAAUACCAAUAGAUGUAAUGUUACAAAUAGUGAAAUUAGUGGGACCAAAAGACGCAGCGAGAUUGAGCGUAGUUUGUAGGUCAUGGAGAUCAAUUGUAUCUGAUAAUCGCCUUUGGAUUUUCUUUCUCCAGAAUUAUCAUGACUUGUGGGACUCUGUUUUCUUUUCCGAAACUCAUCUCCGAUCCGGUUACCCAAUCCAGACAUACGCAGGUGAUAUUACGAAUGAAUUAUCAUUUAUGCGAAUAUAUGGACAGCGGGAACAAGUGCCUGGUUGUGUUAUUAUUGAUGGUGGUUCCGGGUAUUGCAAGUUUGGAUGGAGCAAGUAUGCAUGUCCAUCUGGACGCUCAGCUACAUUUUUGGAAUUUGGUAACAUUGAGUCACCAAUGUACUCUAGGCUUAGACAUUUCUUUGCCACUAUUUAUAGCAGAAUGCAGGUAAGACCAUCAGCCCAGCCAAUUGUUGUGUCCCUUCCAAUUUGCCAUUAUGAUGAUACUGAAUGUGCCAAAGCAUCAAGGCGACAGCUAAAAGAAGCCAUGUAUUCUGCGCUGUUUGACAUGAAUGCUCCAGCUGUUUGUGCUAUUAAUCAGGCAACUUUAGCACUAUAUGCUGCUCGGCGAACUUCAGGAAUUGCUGUUAAUAUUGGUUUCCAAGUCACGUCUGUUGUACCAAUUUUAAAUGGCAAAGUAAUGCGCAAGGUGGGUGUAGAAGUCAUCGGUGUGGGAGCACUGAAGGUUACAGGAUUCCUUAGAGAACAGAUGCAACAGAACAACAUCAACUUUGAAUCACUGUACACCGUUCGCACAUUGAAGGAGAAGCUUUGCUAUGUUGCUGCUGACUAUGAAGCUGAGCUAGCAAAAUAUACACAAGCUUCAUUAGAAGUCCAGGGAGAAGGAUGGUUUACUCUUUCAAAAGAACGCUUUAAAACAGGGGAGGUCUUAUUCCAGCCAUGUAUAGCAGGAGUGCGCGCAAUGGGUUUGCACCAGGCAGUAGCACUUUGCAUGGACCACUGUCAUGCUGCAGAGUUGACUGCUGACGAUUCUUGGUAUAAGACUGUGGUUUUGUCAGGAGGGACUGCAUGUUUACCAGGGCUAGCAGAGAGACUGGAGAAAGAAUUGCAUGGACUUCUUCCUGAAUCUAUUUGCAAUGGAACAAGAGUCAUUCCUCCUCCCUAUGGUGCAGACACUGCAUGGUUUGGAGCAAAGCUUAUCAGCAAUGUAAGCUACUUUACCUCCUUGGAUAUGCAAACUGGAAGCAGAUUCCUUGAGCACCUUUCCUGGACCAUGGUGUGUGACAAAGAAACAAUUUAGACGGAAUUCAAGAUUCAAACUGGCAUGGUAAAUACAGGCUUCCCCAGGUGGAAGACCUUCCAGGGGUUUUUCUUGUAUGAUUAAAGCCCAGAUUUCACAAGGUAAAAGUUUGUGUUAAACUAUUCUUUUCGUUCUGCUGUGGCAAAAUUCUUUCCUGCCGUUUCUUAUCUCUCCAAUAAACUGUUAUCUCGAUUAUCUUCUAUAAUAAAUUAAGCGCGUUAAAAUCAGAGGAGGCUAAGCAUCUUUUGGUACAUAUUUAAGUUGAAGAUAUUGUGAGCUAUUACAACGAUUCACCUGUGCUUGUAUAUAUCUUGCUAGCAAAGGAAUUAUUUUAAUA